CGCGCUCGUCUCGCGGAAAAACGGUUAUCAGCUGGAAACAUUAGUCGGGUUCACAGCGAGGGAGCGGUGCAUGUUCACACACAUUUGGCAGAUGUCUUGAGACUGACCAGCUAAUGAUCUGUCAGUCAUUCCGCUAAUGUUUUACACACAGACCGCCAAGGAAACACGCGCGGAACUCCGAGGAAAGCGCCUUUUUUCGCGAUUUUUCUCCAGACACAGGGUUGUGAUGGUCAAACAUGAGCGGUGAGCGUCAGAAGCGCCGGGAGGAGAUUCAGAGAGCGCUGAGCUUCAUCAAAUGUUCUCUGCCUUAUCCGGACCCUGAAGGCUAUGAGGGCUUUGUGGUUCAGCUGGUGUGUGAUCUCUUAGACGAGGGCAAUGCUGCGUUUCGAGAGGGCGACUGGACGCAGGCGCAUGAUCAUUUCAGCGAGGGCGUCAACGUGGCGCUUUACGCUCAAGUCGAGGGGCUGAACGUUCCCACCGCCCUGCUGGAGAGUCUGUACAUCAACCGCGCAGCCGUCCAUCAGAACAUGGGUGAGUUUGACAGCAGUGUGAAGGACUGCGAUCGCGCUCUGGAGGUGUGUAAGGACAGCGCUAAGGCGUUGUAUCGUAAGGCCGUGUGUCUGAAGGAGUCUGGGAAACUGAGAGAGGCGUACGACUGCAGCACUGCAUGUCUGCUGGCCUCACCGCAGGAUCAGACAAUCAGUAAUUUGUCCAAGGAAAUUGCAGCCAGUCUGGGCCUAAAAAACAGAAAAGCGUACAUCAGUUCUCACAGGGGGAAAGCAGCAGGUUCUGAGGACAACUCUGUUGCGCCAUCACCUUUAGAUGAGAUUUCUUCUGUUGGGCUGGAGGAAGUGACUGACUCCGCAGCUGACUCUGAUUGGCCAUCUCCCGUCUUACCCGCUCCGGUCCCCGUCAGUGACUCCCACGAGGCCCUGGGUCUGUCCGGAGCCGUGCCGCUCUCGGUGCCCGUGUCUCAGCCGCUGGAGGACAAUGAGCUGAUUGGAGACGAGCUGGACAGUCUGCUGGACUGCAUGUCUAAAGAGGAAGACGCAUCGCAGAGCGGAGUCGUUCCCAGCGCUCUGCUGUGUUUCUCAUCUCCUCGUCUUCCUCCUGCCUUCUUCUCGUCCGUCGGGAGUCAGUUGAACUCUCUUGACUCCUUCACUAAACCGGAGCUGAGCUCGGACUGCUCCAGUGGCGAUCUGGAUGCGUUGGACUACAUCUGUCCCUCCGGCGGCUCCGUGUCCCUGCAGCACCCUCUGGUGGUGGGAGGAGAUGUGCUCGAUUCGCUGUCUGAAUUCACUCUGCCAGGUGGGAAAGUCUGUCGCAGUUUUCUGCCGUCAGUCAAACUGACACAUUCUCCUCGUACGAGGAAUGGUCAUGUGACCUCGACUCUGUCCCGUCUGUGCAAGAACCCGCUGGAACAAACGCAUAAUUUCACUCAAGCCUGCAGCUGCUGCUUCAGGAGUACAGGUCCAGGUGUGCUGGAUUUUGAGUUCAGGACUGAUGUUUCUCACAGCUGUAAGAAGGAUCUUCUGCUGUGCAGGAGGAGGGGCGGGGCUAACUCACCCUGGAGGCGGAUUCGGCCCCGCCCAACUCACAACAACUUCCAGGCUGCUUUUGUGCUCUGUAGAGAGGUGUUGGAGAAUCAGGUGUGCAAGUAUGGAGAAGGCUGCACGUUUGCAUAUUGUCAAGAAGAGAUCGACGUGUGGACACAAGAGAGGCGGGGCUUACUGGUCAGAGAGCUGCUCUUCAAUCCGCUCUCGACCAAUGAGAGACAAGCACUCAGCGUCAUCGAACUUCUGAACAUACACACGGGCAUGUUCAUGUUCCUCUGUGAGGCCUGUUUUGACUGCAGACCCAGAAUGAUCAGCAAACGCUGGAAGGAGAAUCCCGCUCUGUGUGCGAACGUACCGACACAACAUCAGUUUGACCAAAAAAAGUGUUUGGUUCACGUGGUGAAGAGCAGCGCUGUGAGUUACAGUAAGAUCCGAGCGUUGAGCUCUCGCUGUCAGUUUGACGUGUGUCGUCACGAGCUCACUUUGGGCUGUAAGAGGAAGGAGGGCUGCUGCUUCGCUCACUCUCUCAUCGAGCUGCAGAUCUGGAUCCUGCAGAGAGACACUGGAACCACUCAUGAAGAGAUUGUACAGGAGUCUAAAAAACACUGGAACAAAGAACGUCCUGCAGUCAUAGCUUCAUGCUCACCAAACAAAAUCACUGCCGCCAAAUCAAAGAGUCCAAUCAGAAACGAUGAGACAAAUGGGAACAUGGGUCCUGUGCAGGGAACAGGAAGUGCUGAGGUCAAAGGUCACAGACUGGAGCUGAUGAUGAAGUUUGUGUGUGGUCAGUGCUGGAGAGACGGGCUGGUCAGUGAACCGGACCGAGCACUGAAAUACUGCACCGCUAAAGCCAGACACAGCUGGACCAAAGAUAGGAGGGUUUUACUGGUCAAAUCCCAAGAGAGGAAGAAGUGGGUCGCAGUGCGACCUUUGCCCUUUGCCAAGACCUUUCCUCAACAAUAUGACAUCUGUGUUCAUGUGCUGAAGCAGCGUAAAUGUCAUUACAUCGGGAACUGUAGUUUCGCUCACAGUCAGGAGGAGAAGGAUCUGUGGACGUACAUGAAGAACAACGGCUUCAGGGACAUCCAGCAGGUGUUUGACGUCUGGCUCUCGACCUCCAAUCAGAACAGAGCGUCUGACAGCACCUCACCAUCUCAGCCAAUGGAAGAGAAGCAGAUCACCAUGCCGACGGACUUUGCUGAAGCAUUGCUGAACAGUUUCUACUGUUCUCUGUGUGGGAAACACAGCAACAGUGAUCGGCAGUGGCAGCACCACAUCUUCACAGAGAAACACAAGCAGAGAGUGUUCAGCGGAGAGGGAGAGGACGAGAGUCUGGCCUGGUCCUAUCGCUUCCCUGGACCCUGUUUCUCCAUCUGUCCCAGGUUGGAAAAUGGCUGUGCUGAUGGUGUGAGUUGCGACUUUGCUCACAGUGAGGAGGAGCUUCAGGAGUGGUGCAAACGGAGGGAUUUCCUGCGCAGGAGGUUAAACGAAGCCAGAGCCAAAAUGCUGAUCUCUCCAACUGACAAUGAAUUUGGCAUCUUGAACUUCCUACUUCAGAAUCAGGACUAAACAAGCAAGCCUACAUUUGUACUUUGUUUAUGAGAUUUGAAUCAGGUGAGAGUUACUGCAGAUGCUGAUGAGUGUUCACAUGUUUUAAUCAAGCUGAAAGAUGUUAAACCUUUAGACUGAAAUACAUCACGCAGAACACGAUUCUGACGUCUGUGUUUGAUGAACGGAUCUUUUACUUCAUGUUGCUUAAAUAGACAAUAAAUGCUGUUCAUACACUUAAUAAACGUUUCAUCUGUUAGACAGCGAUCAGAACAUUUUGUCUUUCAGCUGUUGAUGUGCAUUUAAGUUCCUGGAUUUCUCCAGGAUUUGACAUGCAUGCAGUAUUUGUCCAGGACUUCAGUAAGACAAAGAGGACAGAUAUUAUUUUUUAAAGUUUGUUUUACUUUUACUGUAAUUCAGUUUAUAAAAGAAAAUGAAACUUACACGUUGAUCACAGUAUAAUGCAGUAAACAUUACUUUUGUGAAACAUGUUUAUUAUAGUAUCG